AUGGUCAACUCCUGUUGUGGCUCUGUCUGCUCUGAGGAGGGCUGUGGCCAAGGCUGCUGCCAGCCCAGCUGCUGCCAGACCACCUGCUGUAGGACCACCUGCUGUCGCCCCAGCUGCUGUGUGUCCAGCUGCUGCCAGCUGCCCACCUGCUGCCGCCCCACCUGUUGCAUUUCUAGCUGCUGCAGGCCUUCCUGCUGCCGCCCUAGUUGUUGUGUGUCCAGCUGCUGCAGGCCCCAGUGCUGCCAGUCUGUGUGCUGCCAGCCUACCUGCUGCCGCCCCAGCUGUUGCAGGCCUUCCUGCUGCCGCCCUAGCUGCUGUGUGUCCAGCUGCUGCAGGCCCUCUUGCUGCAUCUCCAGUUGCCGCCCCUGCUGUGGUAGUUCUAGCUGUUGUGGAUCCAGCUGCUGCUGUCCCACCUGCUGCAUUUCUAGCUGUUGCAGGCCUUCUUGCUGCCGCCCCAGCUGCUGUGUGUCCAGCUGUUGCAGACCCCAGUGCUGCAUCCCUACCUGCUGCCAGACUACCUGUUACAGGACCACCUGCUGCCGCCCAUCAUGCUCCAGUGGUUCUUGCUGCUGA